AUGGCUCCAUCCAUCAAGCAGCGGAAGAUUGCCAUCCUCGGCUCCCGCUCAGUUGGCAAAUCUUCAUUGACAGUGCAAUACUGCGAAGGCCACUUUGUCGAAAGCUAUUAUCCCACCAUCGAAAACACCUUCAGCCACGAAAUCGUGCAUAGAAACCAGACCUUCCAGACCGAAAUCGUCGACACCGCCGGCCAAGAUGAAUACAGCCUGCUCAACUCCAAGCAUUUUAUUGGCCUGCAUGGCUACUUGCUCGUCUACAGCGUUGCCUCACCUCAGAGCUUCGAGAUGAUCACCAUCAUUCGAGAUAAGAUCCUCAAUCACCUGGGUGCAGAGUCCGUCCCCAUCGUCAUCGUCGGCAACAAGAGUGAUGUCCCAGAGGCCAAGCGCAAGAUCAGCCCCGAGCAAGGACAGAACCUAGCCCGCGAGCUCAACUGCGGCUGGGUCGAGACGAGUGCCCGGAAUAACACCAACGUUGGCAAAGCCUUCGAGAUGAUGAUUGCCGAAAUCGAAAAAUCGCAGGAACCCGACAAGCCCGCAGGCGGAGGCAAAUGCUGCGUCAUGUAG